GAGGCCUAUGACAUCGCGUUCGUUAACAAGGAUGACGGUCAGACGCCAGCGACGGUAGCGGAAACACUGGGCGGCAUGUGGCAACAAUCAGCUGCCGUGAGUUCCCCACGUCACCGCAAUUAAAGGCCAACUGUUUUUAGCCGUUAGAGUCUUUGAAAACAGCUCGACAACGUUGACAUCGGCUCGGCUAAUUGUUUUUCAUUUCUGAAAACCUGAAAUUCAACUCCCUCCAGUAUGGAUCAGGAAAACAAGCCCAAUUUCGCUAUGAAUCUUGAUUCACCCUGCCCAGCCGGACACCAGUUGACGCCUCAAGUAGACAAAGCAGUCUCGCUACUCGGGCUGGUAGGGAAGGAGAGGAAAUUAUUCAAAAAUCAAGCCAAGAACUCCAAACGUAGGAUUCAAGAGUUAGAGGCAAAUCUGGCUGACAGUGAGCAAAAAGCGUAUGCUAUACAGCUAAUGCUGAAGAAGAGAAUCUCAAUGAUCACCAAGAGUCGUGAUGCUGUAAGAGAGCAAUUGGCCUCGGCACUGUUGACACAGGAAUCAUUGGAACGAGAUAAAUCUAUGCUGAGAGCAGCACUAAUAAAACUCCAGUCCACAACGACAGCAUUGUGGGAGGAUAUUCCAGAUAUUCUUGUUCGAACUGGACAUGCACCUACUGAACAUGAGAACCCUGACAAGAGUGAACUUGAAUUGAGCAUGAAGGAGGAACUGGAGGAGAAUCCCAGCAGCAUGUUAAGUCCACAACUCAAGAAACAGCCCGCAUUUGAUGAAUCACUUGAUUCAUCAAUGGUGUACUUCAGUCCAGAAGGUAGAUAAAUAAGAGGCGAUGAACGUACCACAAUAUUCUUGACCAAAUACUGCAUUACCUUUUCAUUCAUGCUUUCUUUACCUCAUUUCUUUGUUGUAUGCGUUAAUAAAUAAACAAUGAGAGUUCAUUUUUCGUUCAA